AUCGACUUUUCAUUUAUUGUUUUAUAGAAUAAUAGAUUCAUUUAAUAAAUAUCGAUUGAUUGUGAUGUCAUUUGUAAAUAACGUUUCAUGUUAAUCUCAUGUCAUUAUUGUCUGUUUUAUGAUCGUAGAGGUUGCUAUGGUGACGUUCAUCAGAAUGUUUCUUCCUCUGAUCUUACUGGUCAUGACUGCGGGUGUUGAUGUUCAGCAGAAUUGGGGAGUGAAUUACAGCCCUUCAUAUGUUUGUGUAUUAAGAGGCGCAUCAGUGAAAAUGUCCUGUACUAUAAAACAUCCUUCUGAUCAUGAGGUCAAAACAGUCUUCUGGACCAAAACUGCCUUUGCAUCUGUUGGAGAACCACCUGACCUGUGUUCAGACCCAGAAUACAGAGGAAGAGUUCAGUGUUUGAGUGAAAAUAAAGACACUUACAGCAUCACUUUGAGUAAUGUAGCACAAGCUGAUAAACACAUCUACUACUGCAGAUUUACAUCAAACAGAGGAGAUGGAAAAUGGACAGGGAUUCCUGGAGUUCAGCUCGACGUCACAGACCUCCAGGUGGAGACACAGCAGAGAGUGAAUGAGGGAGAUUCAGUCACUCUGACAUGUAAAAGCACCUGCAGUCUGACUGAAGAAACAACAUUCAUCUGGUCCAGAAACACACAGACAGUCACUAAAGGAAGAGUUACAGUGAAUCAGCUCCAGCUGCAGUCAGUCAGACGUGAUGAUACAGGAGAUUAUAGAUGUGCUGUGAGAGGAAAAGAACAUCUGUCCUCUCCUGAAGUUUAUCUUGAUGUAACAUGUGAGAACACACUGAUCCAUAUUGAUGAAUGCAUCAAGAAUCUGAAUUUAGAGACACUUUUAUUUAUCUUGAGUUUGCAGAGUUACAGCAUCUCCAACUUUAAUUCCAGUCACAGUGGACGGUUUUACUGUGAGGCUCAGAAUGAACAUGGAUCUCAGAGAUCAGCUGCUCUAUCAGUCUCUGUUGCAGGUGUUUAGUUGAACUAGUUCCCCUUCUGUCGCUCUCUCCACGUUGUGUUGGAGAAGCGACACUAGGGGUCUCUCUUGAGCGCUGAUAUUCACCUCUGAUUUAUGAAAAAAGGCCAAUGAGAGUUGGCAGCCAGUAUUUGCAUGUCCCGCCCCCGGACAUACGGGUAUUUAAGCGGCGCAAAUACGGGAGUUCAUUCAGAAAAUUUCUUCGGAGCCGAUGGUCUGUCUGCAGUUUGCUGCGAGUUACACACCACAUUAAAACGUUCCUGUUUCCUCUGACGAUCUGCAUGCUGUUGGAUCUUGACGGCGCACAACAGCGGCUUUCUCCUUUACAUUGCACGGCAUGCAUUGCUGCCCCUGAGCGCUUCGACAGCGCAGACACACACACACACUGUGUAU